AGCUGGGUUUCCUGAUCACGCAUGUCACGCAGUCCUGGCUGUCGGGUGGAGGAGGGGGGCUGUUGCGGGAAGGAUACGCAGUGACGUUUCCAGCUGGAGACUCGUCCGCUGCGUUGAGAGUCGACCAGAGAGGAGGGAGGAAGCUCAUCGCUCCGUGUGGCAAGCAGUCGGCAGCAUCAUGGCACCUAUCGGAUUAAAGGCGGUGGUCGGAGAAAAGAUUAUGAACGAUGUCAUCAAGAAGGUGAAGAAGAAGGGAGAAUGGAAGGCUCUGAUUGUGGACCAGCUCAGCAUGAGGAUGUUGUCGUCCUGCUGCAAAAUGACGGACAUCAUGACUGAGGGCAUCACCAUUGUGGAGGACAUCAACAAGCGAAGAGAGCCUCUGCCCAGCCUGGAGGCCAUUUACCUGAUCACACCAACAGAGAAGUCAGUCCACACGCUCAUCGCGGAUUUCAAAGACCCUCAUUCAGCUAAAUACAAGGCAGCUCAUGUUUUCUUCACUGACUCCUGUCCUGAUCCGCUCUUCAAUGAACUGGUGAAAAGCCGAACCUCCAAAGUCACCAAGACUCUGACAGAGAUCAACAUCGCCUUCUUGCCCUACGAGUCUCAGGUGUACUCCCUGGACAACCCGGACGCCUUCCACAGCUUCUACAGCCCCCAUAAGGCCCAGCUGAAGAACCCGGUGAUGGAGCGGCUGGCCGAGCAGCUGGCCACGCUCUGCGCCACGCUGAAGGAAUACCCGGCCGUUCGAUACCGAGGGGAGUACAAGGACAACGCCACCUUAGCCCAGCUGGUUCAGGACAAACUGGAUGCCUACAAGGCCGACGACCCCACCAUGGGAGAGGGUCCUGACAAGGCCCGAUCUCAGCUGAUCAUCCUGGACCGAGGCUUCGACCCGGUGUCGCCCGUCCUACACGAGCUCACCUUCCAGGCCAUGGGCUACGACCUGCUGCCCAUCGAGAACGACGUCUACAAAUACGAGACCAGCGGGAUGGGAGACUCCCGGGUGAAGGAGGUCCUGCUGCACGAAGACGAUGACCUGUGGGUGAGCCUGAGACACAAACACAUCGCUGAGGUUUCCCAGGAAGUAACACGUCAGCUGAAGGAGUUUUCCUCCAGCAAGAGGAUGAACACCGGAGAGAAGACCACCAUGAGGGAUUUGUCCCAGAUGCUGAAGAAGAUGCCUCAGUACCAGAAGGAGCUCAGCAAGUACUCCACUCACCUGCAGCUGGCCGAGGACUGCAUGAAGCACUACCAGGGAACCGUGGACAAGCUGUGCCGCGUGGAACAGGAUUUGGCGAUGGGCACCGACGCCGAGGGGGAGAAGAUCAAGGACCCGAUGAGGGCCAUCGUCCCCAUCCUGCUGGACGCCAACGUCAGCACAUACGACAAGAUCCGCAUCAUCCUGCUCUACAUCUUCCUCAAGAACGGUAUUACAGAGGAGAACCUGAACAAGCUGAUCCAACACGCUCAGAUCCCCCCUGAGGACAGUGAGAUAAUCACCAACAUGGCUCACCUCGGCAUCCCCAUCGUCACAGACUCCACUCUUCGCAGAGGAAAGAAGAUGGACAGGAAGGAGCGAGUGAGCGAACAAACCUACCAGCUUUCUCGCUGGACUCCACUGAUCAAGGACAUCAUGGAGGAUGCGAUUGAAGACAAACUGGACACCAAACACUACCCGUACAUCUCCACCCGCUCCUCCGCUUCCUUCAGCACCACUGCAGUCAGUGCUCGAUAUGGACACUGGCACAAGAACAAGACCCCUGGAGAGUACCGCACCGGCCCCCGGCUGAUGGUCUUCAUCAUCGGAGGCGCGUCUUUCAGCGAGAUGCGCUGCGCCUACGAGGUCACGCAGGCUAACGGGAAGUGGGAAGCCGUCAUUGGAUCGACCCACAUCUUCACUCCCACCUGCCUGCUGGAGCAGCUCAAGGCCAUGAACAAACCAGACGAGGAAGUCACGAGCUAAGAACCCUCCUCUUCAUCUCUCCCAGCCAAAUCCAUCACUUAUGUAUGCAUAAUGCCUGGAAAAGAGAAAAACAAAAAAGACGGGAAAAAUAUAUAUCAAAGAAUAAAACUGUUGCAAGUAUUCUUGUUUUACAAUGGAUGCAACUAAUUAAAUUUAUUUAAAAAAGAUGAUAUUUGAAGGCCAGAUAAAAUGCAAUGUACCAAAAUGUCCUAUUGUAUGCUAACAUUAUGCUAGGAUGUGUAAACAGUUUUUUCCUCUAGCGUUCCUCCGCCCUGUGAGUUUUACUGUUGGCAGAUCGAAGGGGGAUGUGCAAUUUGAGACGACAUUUUGUAAAAUAUAUCAUGCAAUAUAAAUGUAUUCACUUAUUUCAGCAGAGAGGAGCGCCAUCCGCCCAUCUGAGAUGUUUGUAUUCAGUAGCAUGCUUGGACUCGUGUGGACUGUUCCGUGUUUUUGUGUCGAGUGUUUUGAGUGCAGAGGAGUUAGCGAUUAGCUUACUUUCUUGGGGUUGAAUACGACGCCAAAAACUUCUGAGUGUCAAACUUUUUAAAAACAUGCUUGGUAACUAAAAAUACACCUUCCUCCUGCUCUCAACUCAUCUCCAGAUUUAAUUAAAUAUUACUUUCUUUCAAGAUUUUAUGCUAAUAAGCUGUUAGCUACCCAAGCUAAUGGCUAAAAUCAACCAGUCAGCCAUUUUGUUUACAAAAUGCAACACGUGCACAAAAGUAAACUAUAGCAAGUGCAAAAAUAAGUCCUAAAUACCGUACGUUGGUAAUCAGUUUGUUUACAACAGUAGCUUCUUAGCAUGUAGCUGCCAAUAAAAAUGCUAAUUAGCCGUUAGCGAAGAAAUCUGAUCAGGCAAAUCUAAAUUUUUCACCCAAUUUUGUUUUGAAAGUGUCUUUAAAGUUGUGUGUUCAUUCUACAUUAAUCCACAAAAAAUGUUUUACAAUUAACUUUCUGCCAAAAUUUAAUUGGCCUGAGCUAAUAGCUCAUUAGCUUGAGCUAAUUGGCUAAACUUUUUCCUUUUAACCAUUUCAAAAUAAAUUUUACGUCACCACAUUUAAGCUUUGCUUGUCUGCUAGCUACAGUGAAACAAGAAGACUAAGCUAGCCAGUUAGGCUAAACAUUUUUAUCCUUCUGUUACUGUAUAUUCUUGUAAAAAAAUUUCUGUUUUGAAAAUCUGAAUACAUAUCAUUUGUUUAAAAAGAAACAUUUUUAACCAACAAACAUCUCAGCAGUUUUUCCCCAGUUGAAUUUGCUAACUAGCUGUUUGCUAACCAAGCUAAUAAGCUAAUCUACCAAACCUGUUUGUUUUUCUGUAGUAAAAACGUUACUGAAAAUGUUAAGCACACGACAGGCACCAACAGAGAGAACAAUGUUACAGAGAUUUUUACGUUCUUCUUGUUUGUGCCGGCUUGUUUGACUCUCAACAAAUCUAAAGUUCUUGGUUUCGGUAUUCACCCAAUAAGCUCAGUUAGGAAGAAGAAUAAAAAAAUAUUAAAUGGAAGCUAAAACCUUCACCCCUCCUCACUGUAACUUCCUGCACCAACCUUUUUUCCACUCAAACAGAAGAGUUAUUGUUAAAAAAGGCUGUUGCUUGCUGAUAUUAAUGAUUAAUCCUAAACGAGGCCCGGCUGUGUUUCAGUAUUGUAUCCUGUCAGAUUAUUAGUACUAAUCGGGCCUUGCACUGAGUAAGUAGUGUCGUGUAUCUGCCAUUCGUUGCUGUUUAAGCGUCUUACUGUUGAAUUGUGAUUUAUUUUAAAGCAGUGCAGUAGUGAAACCUUUUCUGUGAAGCCGCUGUGUUUGUGACGUUUUAGCUGUAGAUGUUAAACCAGGUAAAAUAUUUACUACUAUACUUUGUUUUUCCCUCUGGUGCAACGUAACUCCGUCCCUGAAGUUGAAUGGCUUUGCAAUGAUAAAACUAAACCUGCGUGAUAUCGCCUCCCUUCUGUAGGCCAAACAAGUCGUAUUUUGCACUAUACUGAGUUUUCUGUGAUGCAAAUGCUUGAGUUUUUUUUAUAUAUAUAUAUAAUUAUAAUUUAGGCUUUAUUUGCCCAAUCACUGCAUUUAUUUAAAAGUUAUUCAUCAGAGAAAAAUACCAGUGUGUCUGUAUGUUUGCGAGUGUGUAAGCACAAACAGUACAUCCAUGUGUACUGACAUGUACUAAAGCUGUCUAAUAAAUUGGCUUCCAUUGCGUUUCGCCGUCUUUCACACCUCA